UCCUCUCUCUCUCUCUCUCUCUCAUAAAGUCAUAAUGGUAAGAGAAUUAGGCUUCACUGCAGGACUCACGGUCCUCAUUGCUCUUGUUCUAUUAGUCCCUCCAGCUAAUUGCUUUACAAAUAUGGAUAAUCGACCCUGUGCCAAUUCUUCUUCCUGUGGCAAUAUCCACAGUAUAAGCUUUCCGUUUCGAUUGAAGACCGAUCCAGAAAACUGCGGGAACUCAAGGUAUGAACUAUCGUGUGAGAACAAUCGUACGGUGCUGUACUUAAAUGGAGGAAAAUACUACGUACAGGAAAUCAGUUACAACAACUACACAAUCCGGAUUGUGGACUCGAGUGUACACAAGGACAAUUACUUCUCCUUCUCCACCCCGACUUAUUCUUUAUAUCGAUAUAAUUUCCCAUCAUCAUAUAUGAAUACGCCUAAUUAUACCACGUAUCUGCCGAAGGAGACGAGGUCGGAGGGGAAUUUACAGCUAUCACGGAGUUUGGUUUUGAUGAGCUGUGAAAAACCAGUGAAAUCUCCAUUGUAUUUGGACACUUCUACUUGCAAUUAUGAUGAAAACUCUUCUUCUAUAUCUGAUUCCAAGAGGUACAGAUAUGUUAAAGUUGGUAGAAUCAACGCAUCCGAAGUGGAGGACUCGUGCCAAGUAGAGAAGAUGUUUCUGACUUCGUGGCCAAUAAAUAAAGAUGACCCAAAUAUCUCCUGUAAAGGCGUCCACAAUGAAUUAGCGUAUGGUUUUGAGAUUUCAUGGCUCAGAGGUAUUUGUGAAAGUUAUUGCGAAAGAUUCAACCAUCAUUGCUACCUCGAUGACGCGAACCAUGUUCAAUGCGACGACUACAGUCCUGUUGGAGUGCUUGACCAAAUGCUAAAUAUACUCGGUGUUUUGCGGAAUAAAUUUGUUGAAAGUGCACAAUGGUGGAAGAAAACACCAUUUUAUUCAUUGGGAGAUUGUUUGUUCAUAGUACUACCAAAAAUCGUACUAUUUUACCUUGAAGCAAAAACUGUCUUGGGGAUUCUAUGUGUGAUGGCCUUUUUGAUAUAUAAGUGGCGUAGGAGGCAUUUAUCAAUGUAUGAUGCUGUUGAAGAAUUUUUGCAAAACCAAAACCUUAUGCCAAUUAGGUACUCUUACUCAGAAAUUAGGAAGAUGUCCAAAGGUUUUAAGGAUAGAUUGGGUGAAGGAGGCUAUGGCAUUGUAUAUAAAGGAAAGCUUCAAAGUGGUCCUCUUGUUGCUAUAAAGAUGUUGGGUAACUCCAAAGCUAAUGGGCAAGAAUUUAUCAACGAAGUUGCAACAAUUGGAAGGAUUUACCACAUGAAUGUGGUGCAACUCAUUGGUUUCUGUGCUGAGGGGUCAAAGCGUGCCCUUAUAUAUGAAUAUAUGUCUAAUGGUUCUCUUGAAAAAUACAUUUUUUUUCGAGAAGAAAGUAUUCUCUUAAGUAUUGAGAAAACAUAUGAGAUUUCUCUUGGAGUAGCUCGUGGGAUUGAAUAUCUACAUCGAGGAUGUGAAAUGCAAAUUCUGCAUUUUGAUAUCAAGCCUCAUAACAUUCUUCUCAAUGAGAACUUCAUUCCCAAAGUUUCUGAUUUUGGGCUUGCAAAACUUUAUCCGGCAAAUAAUAGCAUAGUGUCUUUGACUGCUGCAAGGGGAACACUAGGAUAUAUAGCUCCAGAGUUGUUUUAUAAAAACAUUGGAGGGGUCUCUUAUAAAGCUGAUGUUUAUAGUUUUGGCAUGUUAUUGUUAGAAAUGGCAAGUAGAAGAAAGAACAUGAAUGCAUUUGCAGACCAUUCAAGCCAAAUUUACUUCCCAACUUGGGUCUAUGACCAAUUUAGCAAAGGAAAGGACAUUGAAAUAGAAGAUGCCACAGAGGAAGAGAAGAAAAUUGCUAAGAAAAUGAUCAUAGUCGCAUUAUGGUGCAUACAGAUGAAGCCUAGUGACCGUCCUUCAAUGAACAAAGUUGUAGAAAUGCUUGAAGGAGAAGUUGAAUGCUCACAACAAAUGCCUUCCAAACCUUUCCUAUCAUCAUCACCAGGGAGACCGACAGGGGAUGUAGGAGACAACUUAAAUUCAACUAGUUCAUCAUUUCAAUCAGGUGAAUCAAGUCAAUCGGCUAAACUUUAAAUGCAAGGGAAAGCUAACACCACUGCGGAAAUGGGGCAAUUAUUCUUCACGUAUUUGAUGGCAUAAAGACACUUCAUUUUUUUGUGUAACAAAUAAUUGGUCCCUUGAUUUAUGAUAGCUAUCCUUACCUACAACAAAUUUAUUUUUUGCUUAGUACGUGGCAUAUUUCUUUGUUAAAGUCUUUUUAAGAGGAAACAAAAUUUAUAACUUUAUAAUUGUGAAUGUGUAAUUGAUUAAGUUAACAAACAAUGUUGAAAAACUGGGCAAUGUAUA